AUGCCACAUACUACAGAAAUGGACAGGCCUGCUGGGCCAGAUGCCCACAUGAUAGCGGCCAACCCCUUCCUGCAGACUGUAAGGGGGGGCUGGCCCAGCAAGAAUUCAUUCAUAGGCUGGCCGGCCACAUACCAACAUACUACAGAAAUGGACAGGCCUGCUGGGCCAGAUGCUCACAUGAUGGUGGCCGGCCCCUUCCUGCAGACCGUAAGGGGGCACUGGCCUACUCAGCCAGAUAUGAGAAGCAAGCCAGCCGGUCCCUUCCCACAGGCUGCUACUGUGGGCUGGCCCUGUGAGCAACAAUUGUUCCCUAGGCCGGCCGACACCCUGCCACAUAUUGCAGAGGCAGGCUGGCCUACUGUGGCAGAAACCAGCAGCACAGCGGCCGGCCACCCCAUACAGCCUGCAUGA